CAAUCUACAAUGAUCCAUGCUCCUCGCUCCAAGCUCGAUGAGAGCGCUCUACAGGUCAAAACGCGUAUUUCGCAGUAUCAGCUGUUUUCAGUGUGGGAAUGACAUAUUGAUAUGUGUGUGUGUGCUUAAAUGUGUAUGAGCGUGAAUAUUAUUUUCGAAACGAUGCGCCAGACUACUGUAUAUUCUGGAUUAUUUAAUUUGACAUUUCGAAGAAAAUGGUAACAUGAAAACUUUACGAAAAUUGACAGCAUUUCUUUGUGUUUGUGCACCUAGCACAUAAUGUAAUUGACAGUGUCAACAAAAUAAUGGCCAAGUAUUUUGAUGACAGUACUACUUGUGAACAACAUACGGGACUGGUGAAUUUGUUAAGUGAUGACAAUGAGCCAAUUCCUACUUUAUCAACUUUGGGCCCCACCGCUGACGAACCCGCCACGUUUUGUGUACGAUGUCGUUCUUUGUCUAAUGCUUCAAGUAAUUAUCCGAAUGAUGUUGAUGCCGGCACUAGAGAAUGGAUAAAUAAUUUAGAGGAUGAUGUUAAAUGUGAAACUGUUGGAAACGGCUACCACCCUCCAUCCUGUGGAGAUGGGGCAGAUCUACCACUACUGGCAAGGACCCCACCUGUCUUGAAGGAGCACGUGGCGCCUCCAAUCAACAAUCCUAUUGCAUACGCGGCAUUAUCUAAGGCAAACAGCUCUUGUCUCGCCUUUGGAGGUUUUGGACGAAGCAAUUCUUCUUUAGUAAGAACACCAAAGACACCAUCGAACGACGAAGUUGCGUUUGUUGGAGAAGUUCGGGAAAACUGCUUUUUAAAUGCUUCCCAUGAAUUAGGUUUUUGA